AUGUCCAUGUGGCUGUCGGAUAACCAGAAGAUUGGGGUGGUGUUCUGCUCUGGCGGUGGUCUCUUCCUCGUCGGUGGAGUGAUGCUAUUCUUUGAUCGCGCCAUGCUUGCGAUGGGAAAUAUCCUCUUCCUCAUCGGCUUGACCAUCAUCAUUGGUCCCCAAAAGACAUUCUUCUUCUUCGCCAGGAAACAAAAAGCAAAAGGCACAGCCGCAUUCUUCGCGGGCCUCACGCUGAUUCUGAUAAAAUGGACCUUUAUCGGCUUCAUAGUAGAAGCGUACGGAAUCGCCGUACUGUUUGGCGAUUUCCUGGGCACGAUUGCAGGGUUCGCCCGAGGCUUGCCUGUGAUCGGGCCCUAUAUCGGUAUUCUCGCAGAUCGGAUAGGCCUGGGGCGCCGCAACGCCGAGCUGCCCGUCUAA